AUGUUUGUCAGACCGGCUAAAUGUCUACAUCAAUACUGGAAAAUUGUGCUUAAUGCAAACUAUUCCACAGUCACAUCAAAUGAAAUUAUUCGUGGAGUUGUUGAACAGCCGAAGACUUAUUCAGUAUUCGAUUCUUACAGUGUCGUUGUGGUGGGUGGUGGUCAUGCAGGAUGUGAAGCUGCACAUGCUUCGGCUCGAAUGGGCGUAAAAACGCUAUUUAUUACUCAUAAAUUAGAAACUAUUGGGGAAAUGAGUUGUAAUCCAAGCUUCGGUGGCAUCGGGAAAGGCCAUUUGAUGCGAGAAAUUGACGCAUUGGAUGGUUUAUGUUCUCGAAUAUGCGAUAAAUCCGGUAUACAUUAUAAAAUUUUAAAUCGACGCAAAGGUCCUGCUGUAUGGGGACAUCGAGCACAAAUUGAUCGUAAAUUAUAUAAAAAAGAAAUGCAAAAUGAAAUCUUGAAUACCCCUAAUUUACAUGUAAUGGCAGCAUCUGUUAAAGAUAUCAAAAUCGAAGAAAAUAUAGAUGAUAAACAAAAUAAACAACGAUGGAUAUGUGGAGUGACAUUAGACAAUGAUUCGUUGAUUCCAACAAAAGCCGUUAUCAUUACAACUGGCACAUUUUUAAGAGGAUCAAUUAAUAUUGGUUUAGAACAGCGACCUGCUGGACGAAUCGGAGAUCAACCAAGUAUCGAUUUAGCUAAAUCAAUUGAAGAUAUUGGAUUUCAAAUGGGACGGUUAAAAACGGGUACGCCUGCUCGCCUAAAAACAAGUACAAUAGACUUCAGUAAAACCGAAGCAAAUGAUGCCGACAAUCCGCCCCAUCCAUUUUCAUUCAUGAAUGAUAAAGUAUGGAUUGACCCUAAUAUGCAGCUAAAAUGUCAUUUGACACAUACAACACCAGAAGUAGCAAAUAUUAUUCGUCAAAAUUUACAUCUUAAUCGUCACGUGAAGCAAGAUACAACUGGUCCACGCUAUUGUCCAUCAAUUGAAUCAAAAAUUCUCCGUUUCAAAAAUCCUGAACAUCCGGUUUGGCUUGAACCAGAAGGGCUUGAUUCGCCAUUAACCUAUCCACAAGGCACGAGUUGCACAAUGCCUGAAGAUGCGCAAUUAAAAAUGUUACGUUCAAUUCCCGGCUUAGAAAAUGUCACAAUGGUACGCCCGGGUUAUGGUGUUGAAUACGAUUAUGUCGAUCCGCGAGAAGUGAAAGCGAGUCUCGAAACAAAACGUGUCAAUAACUUAUUUUUUGCUGGACAAAUUAAUGGAACCACGGGGUAUGAAGAAGCUGGAGCUCAAGGAAUUAUUGCCGGUAUUAAUGCAGCUUGUAAAAUUCUUGAUAAACCAAUAUUUACAGUUAGCCGUUGUGACGGUUAUAUUGGUGUAAUGAUCGAUGAUCUGACCUUGCAUGGAGCAACGGAGCCAUAUCGUAUGUUUACUAGUAGAAGUGAAUAUCGAAUUACUUUACGAGCUGAUAAUGCUGAUAUGCGUUUAACCCAAAAAGGCUAUGAUAUCGGUUGUGUAAGAAAUGAACGUUAUGAAAAAUAUAUUAAUUUUAAAAAUAAUUUUGAUAAAACAAAAGAUUAUCUACAGAAAAUGAUUAAACCUCUAAAUCAAUGGCGUUCAUUAUUUGUCGAUGAAGAAAUCAAAAAUACUUCACCAAAAUCUUUAUUUUCUCUAAUAUCACAAGCAAGCUAUUGUGGUGGAGACGAAAAUCAUUCAAAAUGGACUUCAUUAUUACCAGACAAUUUACAAAAAAUAUUAUUAGAAGAUGCAACGUUGCGUAAUAGAAUAUAUAUUGAAGCAUUAUAUGAAAAUCAAACAAUGAGACAACAGGAUGAAAUUGAAGAAAUGAAACGGGAUGAAACAUAUAUUAUACCAGAUAAUUUUGAUUACAAUCUAGUUAGUAUUAGUAAUGAAGCUAAGGCUAAACUGCACCAAGUUCGACCACAAACUCUAGGAGCUUUAGGAAGAAUACCUGGAAUAACUCCAGUAACUAUUUAUUCUCUAUUGAAAUACUUGAAAAAAACAAAUAGUUCAGCACCUUCAGCAACGCUAACAAAUGUAUCAGAUUAG